GGAGCGGUGGAGUGACUAUUUGAAACCGGCAAAGGGGGCAACAUGCUGCCGUGCACCGGGACCAUGCAGAGCUCAAGGCUGCUUAGCGGGACGCUUCUGUGCGCACUGCUGCUGCUCUCCAGCGCCGCUGGAGCCGAAGUGUUGGACACCGAGUCCGAAGAGGAGCUGAGCCCCAGAGCCCUGCGCGACUUCUACCCCAAAGGUCCGAACCUGACCAGUGAGAAGCAGCUGCUCGGAGCUCUCCAAGAAGUUCUGGAAAAGCUGCAGGCUAAACGGCUGCCUUUAUGGGAAAAGAAAUUUGGCCAAGUACCAACGUGUGACAUCGGGGAGCAGUGCGCCGUGCGGAAAGGCGCUCGAAUCGGCAAGAUGUGCGACUGCCCCCGGGGAGCUUUCUGCAACUUCUUCCUGUUGAAGUGCUUAUGAGCCUCUCCGGAUCUGAAUGUAGCACUGAGACAAAGGGAAAACAAAUUCUCACUCUAUUUCUCUGUAAUUACUGUCAUAUUUUUAUGAUGCAGUUGAGGAGCAGGUGUCUGUCUGUCCAACCCUUACAAUAAAGAAUAUUCUAUGAUAUGUAUAUAUUUUCCAAGUAUAUAUUAUCAAAGAAAACCUAUAAAGAUUCUCUGUAAGGAUCGUGGUGAUGGAUAGAAGACGAGAAAACCACAAAGUACCAUAAAGUUCCUGUAAAUAUUCCGAACCACUUUAUGUCAGUAGGAAAACCACAGGAUCAAUGUUGUGAUGUAAUAGGAGUUAAGGCAUAACCCACACUGCACAACUAACCAACCAAGGACCACACACACGCUGUAAAGUCUCAGCAGCAAUAUUAUGGGAACAUCAUAGUGAUUCUUCUUCUGGGCUAGUCCGGUCUGUCUCUUGAACUUGAUCUGUUUUGUUUCAGAUGAAUGUUUUGUGUAUGAAUCAUGAUGAUAAUUAUAAUAAUAAACCGUGGAUCAUGUUGUUUUGUAAA